AUGUGGCUCCUGGCGCUGUGUCUGGUGGGGCUGGCAGGGGCUCAACGGGGGGGAGGGGGUCCCGGCGGCGGCUCCCCGGUUGGCCCAGGCCUGGGCCUCAGCAGCCUCGGGGAGGAGCGCUUCCCAGUGGUGAACACGGCCUAUGGGCGAGUGCGCGGCGUGCGGCGCGAGCUCAACAACGAGAUCCUGGGCCCCGUCGUGCAGUUUUUGGGCGUGCCCUACGCCACGCCACCCCUGGGCGCCCGCCGUUUCCAGCCGCCCGAGGCCCCCGCCUCGUGGCCCGGCGUGCGCAACGCCACCACCCUGCCGCCCGCCUGCCCGCAGAACCUGCACGGGGCGCUGCCCGCCAUCAUGCUGCCCGUGUGGUUCACCGACAACUUGGAGGCGGCCGCCACCUACGUGCAGAACCAGAGCGAGGACUGCCUGUAUCUCAACCUCUACGUGCCCACCGAGGACGGUCCGCUCACAAAAAAACGUGACGAGGCGACGCUCAAUCCGCCAGACACAGAUAUCCGGGACUCUGGGAAGAAGCCGGUGAUGCUGUUUCUGCAUGGCGGCUCCUACAUGGAGGGCACCGGGAAUAUGUUCGAUGGCUCCGUGCUGGCCGCCUAUGGCAACGUCAUCGUGGCCACGCUCAACUACCGCCUGGGGGUGCUCGGCUUUCUCAGCACCGGGGACCAGGCUGCAAAAGGCAACUAUGGACUCCUGGACCAGAUCCAGGCCCUGCGCUGGCUCAGUGAGAACAUUGCCCACUUUGGGGGUGACCCCGAACGCAUCACCAUCUUUGGAUCGGGGGCCGGGGCCUCGUGUGUCAACCUUCUGAUCCUCUCUCACCAUUCGGAAGGGUUGUUCCAGAAGGCCAUCGCCCAGAGCGGCACGGCCAUCUCCAGCUGGUCUGUCAACUACCAGCCGCUCAAGUACACGCGGCUGCUGGCCGCCAAAGUGGGCUGUGACCGGGAGGACAGCGCCGAGGCGGUGGAGUGCCUGCGCCGGAAGCCCCCCCGGGAGCUGGUGGACCAAGACGUGCAGCCCGCCCGCUACCACAUCGCCUUCGGGCCCGUGGUGGACGGUGACGUCGUCCCCGAUGACCCUGAGAUCCUCAUGCAGCAGGGAGAAUUCCUCAACUAUGACAUGCUCAUUGGCGUCAACCAAGGAGAAGGCCUCAAGUUCGUAGAGGACUCGGCGGAGAGCGAGGACGGCGUGUCCGCCAGCGCCUUUGACUUCACCGUCUCCAACUUUGUGGACAACCUGUACGGCUACCCGGAGGGCAAGGACGUGCUUCGGGAGACCAUCAAGUUUAUGUACACCGACUGGGCCGACCGGGACAAUGGCGAGAUGCGGAGAAAGACUCUGCUGGCGCUCUUCACAGACCACCAGUGGGUGGCACCGGCUGUGGCCACUGCCAAGCUGCACGCCGACUACCAGUCCCCUGUCUACUUUUAUACCUUCUACCACCACUGCCAGGCUGAGGGCCGGCCCGACUGGGCGGACGCAGCGCAUGGGGACGAGCUGCCCUACGUCUUUGGCGUGCCCAUGGUGGGCGCCACCGACCUCUUCCCCUGCAACUUCUCCAAGAAUGACGUCAUGCUCAGCGCUGUGGUCAUGACCUACUGGACCAACUUCGCCAAGACUGGCGACCCCAACCAGCCGGUGCCGCAGGACACCAAGUUCAUCCACACCAAGCCCAACCGCUUCGAGGAGGUGGUGUGGAGCAAGUUCAACAGCAAGGAGAAGCAGUACCUGCACAUCGGCCUGAAGCCGCGCGUGCGCGACAACUACCGCGCCAACAAGGUGGCCUUCUGGCUGGAGCUCGUGCCGCACCUGCACAACCUGCACACGGAGCUCUUCACCACCACCACGCGCCUGCCCCCCUACGCCACGCGCUGGCCGCCGCGCCCGCCCCCCGGCGCCCCGGGCACCCGCCGCCCGCCGCCGCCCGCCACCCUGCCACCGGAGCCCGAGCCCGAGCCAGGCCCGCGCGCCUACGACCGCUUCCCCGGGGACUCCCGAGACUACUCCACCGAGCUCAGCGUCACGGUGGCCGUGGGCGCCUCGCUCCUCUUCCUCAACAUCCUGGCCUUCGCCGCCCUCUACUACAAGCGGGACCGGCGGCAGGAGCUGCGGUGCCGGCGGCUCAGCCCCCCCGGCGGCUCGGGCUCCGGGGUGCCCGGCGGGGGUCCCCUGCUCCCCGCCGCCGGCCGCGAGCUGCCGCCCGAGGAGGAGCUGGUGUCCCUGCAGCUGAAGCGGGCCGGGGGCGUCGGGGCGGACCCCGCCGAGGCCCUGCGCCCCGCCUGCCCGCCCGACUACACCCUGGCCCUGCGCCGGGCGCCGGACGAUGUGCCUCUGCUGGCCCCCGGGGCCCUGACCCUGCUGCCCAGCGGCCUGGGGCCCCCGCCGCCCCCGCCGCCCCCCUCCCUGCACCCCUUCGGGCCCUUCCCCCCGCCGCCCCCCACCGCUACCAGCCACAACAACACGCUACCGCACCCCCACUCCACCACUCGGGUAUAG